CCUCCAUCACUCCUCGCAGCUAGUGCCUCCACCUCGCCCGCGCACGCUCGGCGCGCGCACGCGCUCUAACACGCGCAUCAAUAACACUUGUAUAUUGAACUUGUAAAAACAAACGAACCUACAGUGUUAACUAAGAGAGUGACAGAAAAAACCAGUGAUGUGUUUGUAGCGAUCGUUCUAUAAGAUGUUAACGAUGUGCAGUGCCAAAGAAAAUCGUAUGAGAAUAAAAAGACUUAAGAAUCGCUGUAAGUAAUUGACACAUAGAGGAAAAUGGAAGGCGUUCGGGUGACGCAUCAAGGCGUAAAGGCCCAUACGCCGGAAGGCGCCGCCGGCCGCAUCACACAGGCGGGCCUGGCCGCACGCAGCCCCGAAGGCACCGCCGCCAAAGGCAUGGCUAUAAAAGGACACGAAGAUCUUUGGGUGGAAAUUCAAGCCAACACCUUCAAAAAUUGGGUUAAUGAGACCCUCAAGCCUGUGAACAUCAAGGUUGUUGACUUGGUAGAGGAUCUUCGUGAUGGCACAGUACUGUGUGCUUUAGUGGAGUCUUUACAAGGACGGAAGCUGAGAGGAUGGAAUUCCAAACCCAUUAAUCAACACCACAAGCUAGAGAAUGUUACCACUGCCUUGCAAGCCAUUGAGGACGACGGUGUCAAACUUGUCAACAUUGGUAAUGUCGACAUUGUGAAUGGAAACUUGAAGUUAAUAUUGGGUCUGAUAUGGUCCUUAAUUGUGCGAUAUCAAAUUGGCAGAAGUAAAUUCCCGCCGAGAAAGUUGAUGCUAUCGUGGCUGCAGUCGGCGCUGCCAGAAUGCCGCGUCAACAACUUGACGACUGACUGGAACAGCGGCGUGUUACUGUCCGCCCUACUCGACUACUGCAAGCCAGGCGUAUUCCCGCACUGGCGGGAACUCAAUCGGCAUGAGGCUAUAGAAAACUGUAGAAGAGCAAUGAGGCUGGCGCAUCGGGAACUUGAGGUACCCAUGAUCCUGGAGCCGGAGUACUUGGCUUCACCCUGGUUGGACGAGUUGUCCGGUAUGACUUACUUGUCGUAUUUCAUGAAGCCAGGCUCUCCAGGCUUCAGGGCGACUCUGGAAUGGGUUAACUCCAGAUUGGAAAGGUCCAUCACUAAUUUCACGACUGAUUGGAACGACGGGAGAGUAGCGAACGAGCUGGUGAGGUCGCUGGGCGGCCCCGCGCCUCCGCCGAGCCGCCUACGCCGCGACCCCGUCAGGUGGGAAGAGAACAAUCAACAGGCAAUCGACGCCGCUAAGAAACUUGGUGUCCAGCCAGUGCUCUCAGCGCGGGACAUGAGCCAGAGCGACGUGGAGCACCUCGGUGUGAUGGCGUGGGCGAGUCAGUUCCGCAACGUGCCGCCGCGCCCGCCCGUGCACGACAUGCUGCGCGUCGCACUCGACUCCACCUCGGGCAGAGUCGGAGAACCAACAUACAUCAAAUUGGAAAGCGUUUCCAGUGAAUUGUCGAUAUCGGAUGUGAAGGUGUCCGUCGUGAAUCCCCUGGAGCAAGAGCAGAGGCUCAGACUGGACUCGCGUGGCGCGGGGGAGUUCGUGCCCGAGCACGCUGGAAUGCACGAGAUCGUACUCACAGUUGAUGACAUAAGGGUGGACGGAAGAUAUUUCUUCCGAGUGUUGCCGAGGCUGGUGUCGGUGCCUCCGCCAGGGAUGGCGCCGUGUGCCGCUGGCAGCAUAGUCGAAGUACUUGUCAGCGCUACAGGGGCGCCAAGAAGAGAAGAUAUAGACGUGACCGCCCACUCGCCAAGCGGCCGCGCUGUGCCAUUAAAGGCGCGCCACCCGCCGCCCUCAGCCCACGGCACCACGGCCUCCAGCGCCACCUUCCAGCCAGACGAAGCCGGGACUUGGACAAUAGCCAUCACAUACAAGGGCGAACAUAUCCAGGGGGGCCCAUUCACCUGCGAAGUAUUUGAUCCAGCGGGGGUGCGUCUCAGUCCGGGAGCUUUAGAAGGCGCUGAACCCCUCAAACCCCACUCUUUUGAGCUGGACACGAGUGGGUGCGGCGUCAGGGGAGACCUACAGCUUGACAUAGUCCAUGACAAGAGAAGUGUGAUGUGCGCGCUCGAGAAACUCUCGGCUACUAAGUACAGAGCGACUUUUAUGCCAAAAGCGCCGGGAAAGCAUCGGCUGUAUAUCUAUUUCAACGGGUACGAUGUUCACGGCUCGCCGCACAUGUUUAGAGUGGGAUCACGCUCUAAGAAGCCUCGCGACAGCUCCAGCCCCUCCCCGGCCUCCCCGGCGUACGCCAGGAUAUCCAGUCCAGUGUCACGUUUGAGAUCAGAAAGUCCAAUGAACCAAUACAACGUUUACGAGUCGAACACAACGAAACACAGCACGAGCUCGAUCGAUCGACGGGACGACAGGCACGACACGAGUGAUUACUACAAAUCUUCCUUCGGCUCGGAUGUCAAAGACAAAAGCUACGACGUAGUUGACUCGACGUACUCACGGGUCCAGAAAAAAGAGGGUUUUACAACCCGAUACGGGUCAGAGAGUCCCCGGAAUAGGACCGCGAGCCCGAUAACAACGAAACAUUUGGGCAACGGGUCUCGUCUGGAAGUGAAUAGAGCGGGCAGUCCGUACCGCGCGACGAGUCCGUACCGGGCGAGCAGCCCCGCCGGCCGGACAACGAGCCCGCUCACCAGAAAAGACAGCCCUUUGAAUAGGACCGCCAGUCCAAUUAACAGAGUGAGCAGUCCGGUAGAGCGAUACAGUCCGGUGACGACAACCAAGCGCGUGGUGGAGAAGCGCUCCAACUACAAGAUGUACAGCUCGUACAGCGGCUCGCAGGACAACUUGGACAGCCCUUACUCCUCGCUCGAGACUGACCGCACCCGCCGACUCGGCAGCCCUAGCACCGGGGAUCCUGGUGGGAAAACAUUUCACUCGAGAAAAGACUCGUGGGACGCCGUCGAAAAAACUAGACAAAUGUUAAGCACUAACAGCCUGGAGUCAGGCGCGUCCGACCGGUACGGGCAGAGCUCGCUGGACAGAGAGACCAAACGGAACACGCAGCUCAACAAGUAUACCGACUACUCGCGACCGUACAACCGACAGCUCGACCAACUAGUCGACGAUCAAGAUUCGGAGACCUAUACUACCAGACAAGAAAUUACGAAGCGCGAGAUCCGAGAGAGUUCGUACGUGGUGCGCGACUCUUCGUACAGCAGCGUGGAAGAGAAACAACAGCAGUCUUUUUUAUCCAAUAGGCCCCCCCGCGACCCAAUCGGGGGGGCCGUCACUGAAACGGACGCAGCACACGCACGUUUCAGACCAAUACAAAGGGACAACAACAGAGGUGCCAGAGGAAUAAUCGUAAAACCAUGUUACAAAGGCGUCGUAGGCCUACCUGUUGAAUUUAUAGUGGACGGGAGCGCGGCCGGGCCAGGUCACCUGGAGUUGGAGGUGUCUGGAGGUAACGGCGCGCUGGUGGCGAGCUCGGUGCGACCGCUCGGUGGUCACCGGUACGCCACCUCGUUCGUGCCGCGGCUACCACGACCACACAGCGUGAAGGUCACUUUCAACGACGAACAUGUGCCGGGUUCCCCGUGGAAGGUAGAGGUGAUGGCGGGGCCGGCGGGCGGCGGCGGAGGGGAGCCGACCAGACUGAUCCCCGCGCGAGUGCCGGCCGUAUUCGAGAUCUCCACAUCACCAGGCGCUGUCACAUUUAACAAAAACGAUGUUGGAGUGACGGUGACAGCACCAUCUCGUCGGCCAGUGAAUGUGCGAGUUUUGGACGUGGCGGAGAGACCAGGAUUGUACCGCAUCGAGUUCACACCUGAAGAAGUUGGCACACAUCUUAUAGAUGUUUCCAUAGCAGACGAUAAGCUCGCCGGAGGUCCGCUGGUUGCGAAAGUGUAUGACGCCAGCCUGAUUAAAGUCACCGACUUAGGCAACGCUGUGGUCGGACAGCAAUGUCAGUUUAGAGUGGAUGCGAGCGCGGCCGGCGAAGGCCAGUUAGAAAUUUCAAUAAAUGAGGGAGAGGUCCCUAAUCACGUACAGGUGGUAGGUGGUGGCAAGUGUUUGGUGUACUGGCGGCCCGAGACCGCAACACCACACCGCGUCGACAUAAAAUUCAAUGGAGAACCUGUGCCUUCAUCGCCAUUCGUUUUCAAUGUGGCUCCAGCACAGAGAGUCACUAUCGAUACUGCACAAAUUGAACUGGUGCCGGUGGGUGAGUUAGCAUCAUGUUCUGUGCGAGUAGAAGGUUCGUCUGGAGGCGAGCUGUCGAUGACAGUGCGCGGGCCCCGCGGAGACGUCCCCGUGCAGCUCACUGGCGAUGCUAUAUCUGGCUUAAUAGCUUCCUUCACACCCAAGAACGUUGGACCACACACACUUACUGCUACUUACAAUAAUCAGCCAGUGCCGGGAACACCAUUUGUGUGCAAAGCUUAUGAUGGCAAGUUAGUAAGUGUUUCUGGAGGGACAUCAGCUCGUGUGGGAGUGCCCGUGCAGUUAGCUGUUGAUGCCGCACAAGCUGGAGAGGGAAACCUUGAGAUCACUGUUGCAGCCAGAGGGCUAAACAUACCCACGCAAGUUCAUCCACUGGGAAAUGCUCGGUUCACUGUGUCAUUCACUCCAACAGAAGCAUGUGACCAUGUUGUUAAUGUGUCAUUCAAUAAGAUGCGGGUCCCGGGCUGCCCCCUUAUUAUCGCAGUGUCGGAGGGGAGCGGCGGGGGGGCGCGGGUCACCGUCCCCGGCCCGGCACCACUGCACCAACCAGCAGCCCUCACACUCCACCACCCAACAGCCACACUUGACCAGAUUGAAGUCAAUGUUGAGGGUCCCAACGGCGCAUCCGUGCCCGCGGCGGUGUCGUCAGCCGGGCCCGCCGCCUUCCGCGCAGAGUUCGUGCCGCGCGCCGUCGGCGAGCAUCGGCUCAACGUUCUCGUCGACUCCGUGCCCAUACCGGCCAGCCCCUUCCAUUUGAAGGUGUAUGAUGUAACAGCUAUAAGGGUGAAAGACGUAGCCCAUGGCACGGUCGGAAAACCUGUCACAUUUUUAGUGGAAACAAUGGCGGCUGGUCCGGGUAAUUUGGAAGUGACAGUUAACGGAGGCCGCGUGCCGACGGCUGCCGCGGCGCAAGGAGCGCACACAUACGCAAUCAGCUUCACACCGCGGGAUCCCAGGCCGCAUACAGUCGAGCUGAGGUUCAACGGAGAUCAUGUGCCUGGUAGUCCAUUUGUAUGUCACGUGUCGGCGCCGGCGCGGGUGAUCGGCGCGGGGUCGGGCGAGUCCCCGGACAAGGUGUCGGUGGGCGACGCGUACACGUUCAGCGUCGACUCGCCGACGUCUCCGCACGUCGAAGUACUCGGCCCGGCGAGACGACCAGUACCUGUGCAAGUAUCAGCCGAAGAAACAAUUGGUGAAAAUGAAGCCAGCAAAAGAUACACCAUCUCUUUCGUGCCAGUCGAUGUUGGGGAUCAUAGUAUAGAGGUGCGCGCGGGCGCAAUGGGUGGUCACGUGGAAGGCAGUCCGUUCCUGGUGAAGGCGUACAGCGCGGCGCGCGUCAACGUCACCGACAUAUCGCCCGGCGUCGUCGGCAGGCCUGUGUCCUUUACCAUCAACGCUUCGCAUGCCGGUGCUGGCAACUUGGAGAUUAUAGUUGCAGUUAAUGGUAGAAAUGUACCGAAUUACGUGCAAAGUGAAGGGAAUGCGAGGUUCAAGGUAAACUUCAAGCCAGUAGAAGCAGCUCCGCACACGCUGUCGGUGCGGUUCAACGGGCACGCGGUGCCGGGCUCGCCGUUCACGUGCGCGGUGUCGGCGCCGGCGGCGGCGGCGGACGCGCGCGCGGCCGGGCCCGGCCUCGCCUCCACGCCGCGCGGAGACCCCGCCGAGAUACAACUCACUGGAUUCAACACAGGCGAACCGACGGUAUACGUGACGGGUCCGGGCGGCAGCAACGUGCGCACGCGCAUCACAGCGGCGGGCGAGGGGCGCUACACUGCCACGUACACGCCGGACGCGGUGGGGCGCCACAGCGUGCAGGUGACGUGCGCCGGCCGGCCCGUGCCCGGCUCGCCCUUCACGUGCAACGUGUACGACGUGCGCAGGGUCCGCGUCACCGGCCUCGGCCCUGGAGAACUAGAAGGCACGUUAGAAGGGCUGAGUUUGGACGAGGGUGUGGACGAAGAGCGCGGCGUGGAGAUAGGAAAACCCGUCACGUUCAGUGUGGACGCGGCCGGCGCCGGCGAAGGAACGCUUGAACUGGUCGUCUCCACGCCCACCACUACAGUUAAAGCAGAGGUGGUAGCGGUAGCUCGUGGUCUGUAUGACGUGACGUUCGUGCCCGUGUCUCGAGAGCCACACCGGGUGUCCGUCACAUUCAACGAGCAGCCCGUACCGGGCAGCCCUUUUGUAUGCCGUGUCAACGAACCUCAUACGUAUGUGCAGAUAGGAAGCGUCGCGGCAGUGGAAAUCGAUGAAAGUCUCACCGACGUCGAUGUCCUGUCGCCCACUGGCACGCGCGUCACAGAAGCAAACCUUGAAGACACCGGCUUGUUAACAUUCCCCGCGAACAGAGUCGGUAGAUACGUGGUGAGGAGCCCGAAGGGUCCCAUAGCUGAGGUAGAAGCGGUGGACGCGACCGCUGUCAAAGUGUUGUCUAUCGGUGACGCGGUGGCACAUCGACCGGCUAUACUUACUGUUAGCACGACUAACGCGGGCGCAGGCCGCCUGUCGGGCCGUGUGACGUGCGGCGGCGCAGUGGUGCCACACUCAGUGCGCCGGCGCGGUGGUGCGCGACAGGAGCUGGUGUGGCACCCCGCGCGCGCCGCGCCGCACCGCGUCACGCUGCUGUGGAGCGGCACGCCCGUACAGAGGGACCCGCUCGUCGUCGACGUGCAGCCGCCGCACCACGGACAGGAGGUAGCUGCGUCAGGACUAGGAUUGUACCAGGCACAAGUGAAUAAAGUAGCGUCGUUCAGUAUCGACACGCUCGGCCGGCCGGCGAGGGAGUUCGACGUGGUCGUCUCCGGGCCAGGCUCGAGAGCACUACCAGUGAGAUGCUACCAAACAAAAUCUGGACUAUUGCAAGCUGAGUUCACCAUCAAUGAAAUUGGACAAAGCACGAUAGAGGUAUUACAUCUAUCGAAACCGGUAUCUGGUAGUCCGUACACGUGCGACUCGUUCGAUCCGAACCGAGUUAUCGUAUCGGGCCUCCCCACCGGGAACAUCGUGGCGCACACACCGAUAAACUUCACAGUGGUAACAAAAGACGCAGGUGUCGGAGAACUAGAAGUAGUGUGCGAAGCUUUGGGAGAGCGACGCGUGCGGCUGCCGCUCGACGUACGCGACGACGGACACAGCGCGCGGGUGCGCUUGAGACCCGCUGCGCCUGCGCACUACAGGCUGUACAUCACAUAUGGCGGAGCGCCAGUGGCGGGCAGCCCGGUGUCGCUGGGCGUGCUGAGCGGGCGCGCGGGCGGCGCGCGCUGUGCGGGCACGGGGCUGGCGCAUGCGCACGUCGGCAAGGAGGCCGCCUUCACCAUACACUGUGCCGAUGACCAAGCGCCCACCGUGCAGGUCGAAAGGUUAACAACGGAGGACAAAGAUGAAAAUGCAGAUUCAGGUUUAUUGGAGUGCCGAGUAGUACCCGGCGCGGCGCGGGAGUGGCUCUGCGCGUAUAUUCCACUUGUAGUAGGGUUGUAUGAAGUCAGAAUAUUCACAUCUUCGGGACCAUUACCUGGAAGUCCGUUUUCCGUAAAAGUGAUAGACACAUCGGCGAUCGUGCCGGUGGGCGGCUGGGGCGCGGACGGGUCGGGGCGCGUGCGCGCGCCCUGCAAGCUCGUGCUCGACACCAGCAGCGCCGGGCCCGGCACGCUCGAGUGCUUGCUGGCCGGCCGACACCAGCGUGUAGAGACGGUGUCGGGUCGCGCGGUGGUGUCGCUGGCGGGCGCGGAGGGCGCGGCGGGCGAGCUGGAGCUGGAGCUGAGCUACAACGGCGCGGCGGUGGCGGGCGCGCCGCGCUGUGCGCUGCUCGCCGCGCCGCACUGCGCCGACCGCGUCACGCUCGCCGGCCGCGGCCUCGCGCACGCCGCGCCGCACGCGCCCGCCGUCUUCACCAUAGACGGCAGUGCCGCUGGCCCGGGAGCUCCAGAGGCGUCGCUGACGUCAUCGGACGGAGACAACAUACCAGUCGCACUUGUGGCCGCCGGGCCCGGUCUGUGGCGCGCCACGUACACGCCACGUCGAGCUGGCGAUCAUCAGCUACGCGUCUUGUGGGCUGGACGACUUGUUAAAGGCUGUCCGCUGACAGUGGUGGUGUCGGCGGGGUCCGAGAGCGGCGACGCGUCGCGCGUGGUGUGCUCGGGCGCGGGGCUGUCGGGCGGCGUGGUGGGGCGCGAGAUCCGCUCCUGGAUCGACACGCGCCGCGCCGGCCCCGGCGAACUCGCCGCGCACUGCACCGGACCCAACAAGGUGGCGUACUGCGAGCUAUACGAGCACGGCGAUGGCACGUUCACGUUGAACGUGAAGCCUGCGGAGGCGGGCCGGCACACGCUCAGCAUACAGUUCGCGGGCGAGCACGUGCCCGGCUCGCCCUUCGUGCUCAAGGUGGCGGGGGCUCCAGACCCCUCUAAGGUACGCGUGUACGGUCCGGGCGUCGAGCCGGGCGUGUUGGCAACAUUCCAGUCGCGGUUCCUGUGCGACACGCGCGGCGCCGGCGCCGGCCAGCUCACCGUGCGCGUGCGCGGGCCCAAGGGAGCCUUCCGCGUCGAGAUGCAGCGCGAGAGUCAGAAGGACCGUACCAUACUCUGCAAGUUCUCUCCCACCGAACCUGGCGACUACCGCGUGGAGGUCCGGUGGGCGGGCCGGCACGUGCCCGGCUCGCCGUUCCCGGUCAUGAUCUUCGACACUCAGGAGGAGCUGCGUCGGUAUCUCCAGGCCACAGCCGCGUAAACAAACACUCUUUGCACUGUAUAUCUUAUGGAGCAAGUAAUUGGGGUUAUAGUUGGACAAUACAUCCGGAUUUAAAUUCCAUUCUUGUGAAAAACCGGAUAAGUACAAGUACAUAUUUGGUUAUCUAUGAAGAACUCCCUCUCGAGUGGAUUGUCCAUCAUUGGGACAUCGUUUUAAUGUCUGUUUGUAUGCAUAUCAAAUCGAAUAGAGAAAACCCUAAGCUCAAAAUUUCUCAACCAAUUUGCGAGUAGAUGGCACUUGGUCCAUAAAGUAUACACACGGAGCUAGAAUACAAAGUUUUAAUUGUAAUGCAAGUAGGAAACUAAUACAUUUUGUUAUUUUCACGCGAUUUUUUUAGGUCUAGAAGUGUGUAGGAUUUCAUGGGACCAAAAAUUUUCUGUAAUCAGGAAGGAAAAACGAAAAAAAAGUCUUUGUGUGAUCACCGUAGUUAUAGUGUGGUUGAAAUAACGUUUUGCCUUUUUUCCUUAAUUUUUGAGUUUGUUAAUUUCUUAUAUCACAUCUUUUGCCACAAAGUUUAAUUACCAUAGCGUUGUAUAGCGGUUACGGUGAAUGUUGUUUAUAUAUUACAUAAUUAGUAAAAGACAAAAUACUUAGUCGAAGAUGUAUUAGCGUGUAAUGAAAAUUUCCGUCCAAUCAUAAGAUAUUAAAUAAAUACGAUAUACCUACAUAUUAUAUUUUGUAACGACAUCGCUUUCACCAAUGAUUUACAAAGUCUGUUGCGAAAUAGUUUGUUCAGGAUGUCAACAAGUACAUGUGCCUCUUAAUGCAAGUCUAAACAAGAAAGAACACGUAAUAAUUUUAUUUGUUAAUAAUUUAUUAAUAAAUCAUUUAGAUGUAAAACAUUUAACUUAACUAACGAACCUUUAUUGUUAUUACGCGGUCAAAUUCGUAUUAAAUUGAUGAGAAUUUGAUCGCGUGAACUUAUGCUGAUUAUUCAGUUACUAAUUGUUAAUAAAUUGAAACUUAUCAAGUUA